AAACAACGACAAUAUCUUUGAGAUCUUGCAAAAACAAACUUCUAUGCGUAUGACACUGGACACAUUUGAUGACCAAUUAAGUGAAAAUGGUAAUGACAUAUUGUUUAAUCUAAAACGGGAUCAAAAAGGUUACAGAAAUCUGCCGGGAUUGCAAAUCACACAUGCUGCACAUGUUGCGAAGGAGGAUAAAAAUAAACAAUCUGACUCUCCAGUGACAUCUUCACCUUCAGAUCCAAAACGCCUGAAAAUAACAACCAUUCCAACAACACAUAUUCCGGAUCCAUGUGUCAGUCCAGAUACUGGCAAAAGGAGGCGAAUUCAGCAUGAUUAUCGUAGGCUGUCAAAUUCUGGAUAUUUAGAUGAUUAUGUUGGUAGUGAAAGACGUUUUUCAUCAACAAGUGAUUCAUCAGAAAUAAGUGGUUCGCCAUCACCUCCAAAGCAAAAGCCAUUGCAGAAGCCACCAAAUGGAAUGAAUGGAACAACGAAAGUAGCUCAAUCACCAUCCAAGCAUGACAGACAGCCCGAUAGUGACAACCGUAGUACAGACAGUCACAAUGGUAUGACAUCAAGUCCUGAAAAACUCCUCAAGUUGGCCAUCGGUAACCGCCAUGGCUCCAGGGAGGGGAAUGUUUCUGGUGAUCAGAAGGAACGGCAUCGGCAUCGCCAUCACCACUCAGAGCACCACCACAAACACACACACCACAAGCACAGACACCAUCAUCAUAAGGAGCAACGACAAACGACGCCUACAAAGACACCACUAGUCACUCUCAAUGGCAAACAAGAGUACCAUGUCAUCCCACAACAAACCGGUCUCACUCUCAAAAUCUCAGGUAAGAAAAGAAUCGUCAAUAACUGUGGGGUGCAGGUCAACCUCCGUCGCAGGACAGAGAACAAAGGUGUGCAGGUACCGUCAAGCAGCAGUUCGUCAAGUAGCAAGGAUGUUCACAUUUCUGUUUCUGGAACUUUCUCCCCAAAGAAAGGGCUAUCUAAGGUGUCACGUGGGACUCAGACAGACAAGAAGUCAAGUAAAUAUAACACUGACAGCAGUGCUAGGAACGGUGGUCACAACAAGUCAGAAACAGACAAUAAGCUUCAUAGUGCUAUUGAUGUUAUGAAAAAUGUAAAAACAGAAUGUUUUCAAGAUUUUCACUUAAAAAAAGGACAGAACUUAGUGGAUUCCAAUUUGCCCUUUUCUAAUUCUAAAUAUAAACAAUUUAUGCACAUAGAAAAAUAUUCAAAUGGGGGAGCACUUGUUUUACAUGUUUAUGAUGACGAAAUCUCCCAUCUCUCCAAGGAAGAACGUGUAGAAUUAGUAAAAGACUAUUUUGAUUUUGUUUAUGGUGAAAGCCUGGAAGGUGUAUCAAAUUGUGUGAUGGGCAUCGUACAUGGUGCAGUUGCAUCCCAACCUGACUAUAUAGACUAUUUUGCAGAGAACCAUCCAAACAUGACCGUUAAGGCCGGUAUCUUAGGCAAAUCAGAUAUUGAGAGUUUGUCAAUGGUCAAGUACAGAGAGCAGGUGAUGAAAUCUUACCAGAAUGGAACGUUCCGCACAGGGCCACUCUUACAGAUAAGUUUAGUAGGAACAGUUCACGAGGAAGUAGGGGACUACUUUCCAGAGUUUUUAGACUCCAUGGAAGAGAAUGAGUUCCUGAAGGCAGUGAUGCCCUGGGGUGAGAGGUCGUUAGUACAUUUGAGUAGAAACCUUAGUAACGAUGGUCCAAUUAUGUGGGCCCGACCUGGAGAACAGAUGGUACCCACUGCUGACAUGCCAAAGUCCCCCUACAAACGUAAACGUGGUAUGAAUGAGCUCAAAAAUCUGUCCUACCUUCCACGUGCAUCUGAGCCUCGAGAAGUUCUAGUGGAGGACAGAACACGCUGUCAUGCUGACCAUGUGGGUCAAGGCUUUGACCGAAUGACCACAGCAGCUGUAGGAGUGCUCAAGGCUGUCAAAUAUGGAGACGAUCAAAAUGCUGAAGGCCGUGUUGUGAAGGAUGUGAUUUGUUUCCAUCCUGGUGAUUUCCUAGAACUUGUCGACAAACUUCAUUUAGAUCUCCAUGAACCUCCAGUCUCACAGUGUGUGACAUGGUUAGAAGAUGCAAAACUGAAUCAGCUGCACAGAGAAGGGAUCAGAUUCGCACGCAUCCAGCUACGAGAUAACGAUAUCUACUUCAUCCCACGCAAUGUAAUUCACCAGUUCAAAACUGUCUCGGCUGUCACCAGUAUAGCCUGGCACAUCCGACUAGCCCAGUAUUAUCCAAAAGAACAAGAGGAGAGCACGAGCAUGGACAGCAUGCCAACAGAUCAGAAAGAUGCUGCCUCCUGUUCUGGUGACAAGGGAGCUGAAGUUCAGGAUUCAACUAAUCCAAUGGUAACAGAUGCUUGGAAUUCUGAGGAGGAAAAAUCUGGCAAAGCUGUAUCGGCACCUGAUGUAACUAUCAAGGAGGAGGAAAAAGAGGGAAAUGCUUCAAAUCAAUCAACACAAAAAGGCACAUUUUUGGCAGAUAUGAAGGACAAACUUGCAACAAUCACCACAAAAGUUGUAUCAGCAUCUGUAAAAGUAGAUGAAAAAGACAGAAAUUCAUCAGUUUCCUCAUCGCCCAAACAUCAUUCUGCGAAGUUUGAAAAGAGAGAAAAGUCUUUCUCAACAAAAUUGGGUGUCUCACCCAAAAAGGAGCAAGUUACAGUUCAUUCGCACAAGCCAGCAAUUAAGAUGGAAAAGCAAGAAAGAGCAGAAGCAAUUUCUAAAGCGAUGAGUGCUGCACAAAUGAAAGUUGAAAAGCAAGAUAGUCAUCAUAGAAGUGAAGAUAAAAAACCAAGAAAUUCUCAUCCCAAGGAUUCAGAGAAAAAGUCUAAAAUUAGUCAUCUCAAAGAAAUGGAGAAAAAAUCGAAAAACAUUGUGAAGGAAGUAGAGAAAAAACCUUGUGUGCAAAAAGAAACCAAUUCCAAUAUUCAGGUGAACAACCCUCGUGUUCCUGAGGCUCAGAGCUCCAUAUCCCAAUUCCAGUCCAGUAGUGAGAUUCAACUUAGAAAUGACACUACCUCAGUGGAGAACGAUAGUCCUGACAUAGUGGUGUCAAGGGACACAACUCCGCAGCAUACAGACAUUGCAGAAAAUCCACAGGCAUCGGAAACUGAAAACAGUUGUGCAAAAGAGGAAGUCGCCAUGGAUAUUUCAUAGCAAAUAAUUCCAUCCUGCAAUAUAUCAGUUUGAUACAUAUGAAACCAAGUGUAGAUCUUCCUCAAGAUGUAACCCAGGGAGUUUGUGGAGUGUCAUAUGUGCAAAACUUUCAACAUUGGAAUUUUUUGUCCUAUUCAUUGUAUAUAUACUUUUUCACAGCAGCAGCGCUUUUGGGCUCACAUUUAGUGUCCAUAUUGACAUGCUGUAGUUUGAUUAACAUUUAUACACAUUUUAGAGAAAAAUUGUAUCAUUCACAUCUUUCUUUUUCAAAAACUUGUCAUGUGUUCAUUGUUUAUGUGAUUUUGUUUACAUUAGUGAUUCUUUACCAUUAAGGCCUAGAUAACUUGUAUCUAGGUUUGUCAGUCAGGCUGUGUGAGGGCCAGUUAUAUACUUAUGAUAAGCCCAUGCUGUGUUUGUCUUCGUCAAGAUAGCUUCGUAAUCAGAGUUCACCUGGGGCCUGUUCGUUUAUGCGGACAUACCUGUUCGUCAGUUUUUAAUGUAAUAUUUCAAACAUACAUCUUGACGAACCUGCAAAUGUUAUAUACAGUCCUUGGAUGUCUUUGUCAAGGCUCAUCUGAAAACAAUAUAAAAUCACCAGGUCCGACUUUAUUUCAUAAACAAACAACACCGGUCCAGCUGGUCCAACCAUUUUGAUCGCAAAAGCGAAAAUGGCCCUGGUUCCACUGCACUGUUGUAUUAGUUAAAAACAAUUUUGAUUAUUAAGUGAAAAUAUUGGAAAAUAAAUAUUUUGUGUACUUUGGAAAUACACUUUGAUACAUGUCUAGAUUUAAUACACCCUUUCUGUACAGACUUAUCAGAAGUAAAUUACAAUGUCAUUUUUUUGAACUCAUAAAUCUAUGUUUCAAACAUGCACAUUUAUUUAAGGAGAGUAUUUAUUUAAAUUGAGUUGGAUGUGGUAACUUGUCAAUUAAACACAUAUCUUUUAUGAACAUAAUCUGCUGCAGUAGCAACAGAAAUUAAACAUGCAUAUAUAUAUUUGGUUGUCGGUAAAUUAAUGUCAUCCAAAGUUUAGAUCUGAUUAAGUCCUCACUUUCUCUUAGUUGAAUUGGUAAUGUAUCAUGUCUGCCUGUGAUAAGCCCACACUUGGUUAUAAACUCUCAUCUAUUUAGUCAGAAAGAUUCAAAUCAUGGUGAUAUUAGAAAUGUCUCUUCCACAUAUAUGGGUGAAUUUUUCUCUGAAUUCAGUAUUUUAAAAUAUUUCCCUCCUCUAGAUGUCUAUUAAAUUUUGGCAAAAUCAGCUGUUUUAUAUUUCAAGAAUUGGUCCCUUUCACUCAUGAUACAUACAUUGUGUAUAAACUGGUCCAAUUUAGGAAAGAAUCCCUAUUACAUGGCAGUUUGACCAAUUGAAUCCCCUUACUUUAGGAGUUCCCUGGCUUCAGGUUACUUCUGGUUUGAUACGUGGAUGUAAGGAUUGAUGUAAAUGUCCGUCCAGAGAAGAUAUAGGGAUGCCUUUGUUAAUGGGGAAAAGUUCUUGUUGAUGAAUCUUCAAAUAUUAGUAGAGAUAUUUGAGAUAAGAUUGUAAUGUUUGUCUUUAUGUUAAAAGCCUAAGCUGAAUGUCAGAAAUGAGAUUGCUUUUUGAUAUCAUAAAUGUUGAAUAUAUACCCACUUUGUAGGGAACUUUGUGAAGAAUGACUCCUAGGAAAGUAAAAUGGUUACCCAUCAAUUUAUCUAGUGGUGCUUUUGCCAUGAACUGCUAACAUUUUCUCCUAGUAGCAGAAGAAUUCAAUGUAUAUUGGAUUAAAUACAUAAAUAUUAUUCCAAACAAGGUCCGAAGCUAAAGUCCAUGCCUAUUUUUUUUGUUACAAUUUAUUAUCAGCAACAUUAAUUGGUCAUGUUGACAGUAUAACAAGGUCUGGACACAAAACUAUCACUGUCUGAUACUGUGUCUUGGUCCUUAUUUCAAAGUCAAGGUCUCUCAGCCUUCAAAAUUUUGUGAUAUACCAUGCUGUGAAGGUUUACUUUCGAGUAUGACUACUUUUCAUGUUCAUAGUCUGAGACGUGCAGCUUGAAUCAUUCCUAUAAUGAUCUGCAGCUAUGGUUGAAAUGGAAGUUAAAAUUUUAAAUUUAUUUAAUGAUAUAACAUGUUAAUCAACAUUCGGUUCAUGUGUUUUCUUUUUCACAAAAAGAAAAUUGUCAACUUUGAAAUUUUUUUUUCCCCCAAGACAAAUUGUGGUGAGAUUAAUGUUUGUUAUGAAAUCACUUGAUACACUGUUCAUACAUUUAUAAACAUGGGCAGUGAGAUUUUGGUGAGUGUUUUGGAUCAGUUUUAAUUUCCUUCAUAAAGUUUCGACAUACAUUUUGCAAGCAUGACACAGGUAUAUACUAGGUUACAAAUAUAUGACAUCAGUCUAUACACAAUUAUUUUGUAUUAUCCAGGCAGCUAACAAAGGCCCAGAGAUGUAAUAUGACUGGGUGUGUUGUUGUUGUUUGUUUGUUUGCUAUGAUUUAUGAUAUUUUUAUCAGCUACACUAUGUUCAACAUUGUGUGUAUCAACAUGAUAUCCAUUUAUUCAUUACAAAAAGAUGAUUUGAAAAGUUCAGUAUUUUGUGUUUGCAACCCUAUGGCUUGAUUUUGACUUCACACUGUGUGUGUAACAGGUGUAUUCUGGAGCUACAAUAUUGUAUUUUCAGUAUUAAAAUGAAGUUUACAGUUAAUUCAGUAUCGCUAUACAAUUUUGUAUAUCACUUUGGACAUAAGAUUAACCAAAGAUUGACUUAUCUUGUUUACCCAGCUGUAAAAGUGUUCAAUCUUUGUUUGAAACAUGUGACACUCACCAGACCCCCC